AUGUCACGGGCGCACCCCAGAGCGCCCCGGAGCCGCGGGGCCCCCGCCCUGCUGCAGGCGGCCCUGCUCGCUGCUCUGGCGGCCACGGCCCUGGGCACCUGCGGGCCGCCGCCCAGCUUGCCGCUGGCUUUCCCCACGACCCAAGUGAACACCACGAGCUUCAUGGUCGGGCAAACGGUGAAGUACAGCUGCCGGCCAGGCUACGUGAGGACCUCCUCCUCGAUGGUGGCGAGCUGCCAGCCGUCGGGGGAGUGGGUGACCACAGUGGACUGCACCAAGAAGCGGUGCCAGAACCCCGGGGACCUGCCCAACGGGCACGUGGUGGUGAAGACGGACUUCACUUUUGGGGCGCGGCUGGAAUUCACCUGCUCGGAAGGGCUCAAACAAAACCUGACACCUGGAGAGUUCAAAGACGGAGUGGCCCCUGGGGCAUCCCGGCGCUACCUUUCCUCCCUCUCCCUGGCCUGUGCCUGGGGUGCCUGGGGGGCUCUGGGCGGCGAGGGCGCACGGGGGAUGCCUUUUGGGGUGCUGGCAGUCGUCAAGUGCGAGCCGCCGCCGGCCAUCGCCCACGGGAGACACAGCGGGGGGAACCAGAUCUACACGUUCGGGGCCUCGGUCACCUACAGCUGCGACCCCACCUUCUCCAUGCUGGGCAAAGCCUCCAUCUCCUGCCGCGUGGAGAACAGGACCCUCGGGGUCUGGCGCCCGAGCCCGCCCGCCUGCAAGAAGAUCAACUGCCCUUACCCGGACAUCAAGGACGGGAAGGUGGCCUGGGGGUUCAGGCAGAACUACAUGUACCAGGACUCCGUCUCCCUCGCCUGCAACGAGGGCUACAUCCUCAGAGGCAGCAGCCUCCUGCGCUGUGACGCCCACGGCACCUGGGACCCUCCGCUGCCCACCUGCGAGCUGAACAGCUGCGUGGGCGUCCCCAGCAUCCCGCACACCUCCUGGCUCAGCUCCAGGCCCAAGCUCCAGUCCCUGCACCCCGUGGGCACCAAGCUGGACUACUACUGCCUCCGCGGGUACCGGCCGGCGGCCGGCGGCCCCACCUCCGUGACGUGCGGGGAGGACCUGCAGUGGACGCCGGCCACUCCGUCUGAGAUGCCGCCGGCCGAGGCCACGCUGCCGGCCCCGAGCAAGACCUACAAUUACUUGUCCUUGAGUGACCAGAUCAAGUACACCUGUGACAAAGGCUACGUGCUGGUUGGCUCCGACACCAUCAACUGCAAGAACUUGCACUGGACGCCAGAGGCCCCCCAGUGCAGAGCCCAGUGUCAGAAGCCCAGGGUGUUGCACAGCCGGCUCUCCUUGGAGCAGGAUCUGUACCCAGAGUCCCAGACACUGAGCGUCCACUGUGACCCUGGCUACACCGUGGUCGGGGCCCAGAACAUCACCUGCUCGGAAUACAGGACCUGGGUCCCCGCGGUGCCCAAGUGUGAGUGGGUGUUCCCGGAAGGCUGUGAGCAGGUGGAGGCCAGCCAGAGACUCUUGCAGUGUCUCCCCAACCCCCAGGAGGUGAGGAUGGCCCUGGAGGUGUAUAAGUUAUCUCUGGAGAUUGAGCAGCUGGAGUGGCAGAGAAACAACUGGAAGGAAUCCAGGGUGGCGUCUGAGCUGUGACUGAUCCCGAACGGGAGAAACACGCGCCCCCCGGUACCCCCACGCUGUGCUCCCUGCCCAGCCUCUGUGCCCCGGGAUUCUCUGCAGUGACAGUCCCACGUCGCGACUGCUGAUGCGAAGCCGGGUCGCUGGCCUCCCCCCGCCAGACGGGGUCCUCUCCCGCCUCUGCGCUCGAGCCGUCCCUGAAUUCCGCGUCCUUCUCCGUGUUAAC